AUGGUUUCAGACAAGUUUCAGAUCACCUGCCAGCCCAUCAAAGGACUAAAGCGAGGUGGAGGUAUACGUUUUGGUGAAAUGGAACGAGACUCGUUGCUUGCGCAUGGGGCAGCCUAUCUAUUGCAUGAUAGGCUUCAUACAUGUUCUGAUUAUCACAUUGCUGCUGUAUGUUCUAUAUGUGGAAGCAUCCUAACACCCUCAGUCAUCAAGCCAGAGAAACGGGUUGCACGUGCAGUUAAGGGACUGCCCCCUGUAAGAGCUCCCAAGGUCUUCCGUCAUGCUUGUGAUACGAAUAAAGGGAUGGAGACAGUUGCAAUGCCCUAUGUCUUCAAAUACUUAGCUGCUGAGUUAGCAGCUAUGAGCAUAAAAAUGACCCUCCAGCUAAGUAUUUGA